GUAUGUAGCGCGCAACGUCGCCGUCACGUCUCCGCGACUCGUCAUCGAUUGCGCGCGCGCGCGGGGAAUCGCUCGCUAAAGUUUCUCCGAAUUACUCCGAAGAGAUAGGCCGUGUAACCGUCACCGCCGCGCAAAUCGCCUCCGUCCUUGCGGCCUGCAACGAAAGAGAACGGUACGCGGGGGCUCUCGUGAUUUUCGAAUCGAACAAGAGGGUGAGGGAGAGAAAGAGGGAGAGAAAGAGAAAGAGAGAGAUAGGUGCGAGCGAGCGCGCAGGCGGGUCCUGCCGAAGCGUCGUCGCCUGUCACGUCUGCCGUGAGGAUCAUUCUCUAAGUAGACCAUCUCAUAGUCCAGGAUAAAGCCAGUCAGACAACUGAGACAACCAACCAGCCAGCCACUUCUAUCAGCCGCCAUCUUGCUGCUCGAGGAGAACGGUGACAGACGGAACCUGCUUGUUGGAGCGGAGCGUGGUGAGAGAGGCGUGAGGAAGGAGGAGAAAGAGAGUAGGAGACAGAUAUAGGUAGACGACUCUGACGACUCUCACGACGGUCCCUUCAUGCGGUACGCGCCUAUGCCAUCCUGUCGCCUAUGCCUUACUCCACGUACAAUCGUAGCUGAGGAUAGUUGGAGAAUAGUCUAAGAAAAGGAAGAGGAGGUGGUGGUGGAGGAGGCGAAGAGGAGUAUCGGCCGUGCCGAUCGAGUGCUAGGUAUACACGUAUACACACAUACACGCACACGCACACACCACAUACAAAGGCGUGCGCGCGCGCGCCUCCUUCGUCAUCGCCGUCGUGACCGUCGCUUCCACUCGCAAUGGCAAUGGAGACGCCGAGGGAACGAGAGAUCGCCGCCGAGGACAGCAUCAAGGUGGUCUGCAGGUUCCGGCCGCUCAACGAUUCCGAGGAGAAGGCCGGCUCCAAGUUCAUCGUCAAGUUCCCGUCCGGCGGUGACGAGAACUGCAUCUCCAUCGGGGGCAAAGUAUACCUCUUUGACAAAGUAUUUAAACCGAAUGCUACACAAGACAAAGUCUACAAUGAAGCCGCAAAGUCUAUCGUCACGGAUGUUUUGGCAGGAUAUAACGGAACCAUUUUUGCAUAUGGUCAAACAUCGUCAGGUAAAACGCACACAAUGGAAGGAGUCAUCGGCGAUCCUAACAAACAGGGCAUUAUCCCAAGAAUCGUCAAUGACAUCUUUAAUCAUAUUUAUGGUAUGGAAGAGAACCUGGAAUUCCAUAUCAAAGUAUCUUAUUUUGAGAUUUACAUGGAUAAAAUCAGGGAUCUUCUUGAUGUAUCUAAAGUUAACUUAAGCGUACAUGAAGACAAGAACCGGGUGCCGUUCGUGAAGGGCGCGACCGAGCGGUUUGUUUCUAGUCCUGAGGAGGUGUUCGAGGUGAUAGAGGAGGGCAAGUCAAACCGGCAUAUCGCCGUGACCAACAUGAACGAGCACAGCUCACGUUCUCAUUCCGUUUUUCUCAUAAACGUUAAACAAGAGAAUUUGGAGAAUCAAAAAAAGCUCUCCGGCAAAUUGUAUCUCGUCGAUUUAGCCGGUUCUGAAAAGGUUUCUAAAACCGGUGCAGAAGGAACGGUGUUAGACGAAGCAAAAAACAUCAACAAGUCUCUGUCUGCACUUGGUAAUGUAAUUUCGGCCUUGGCUGACGGCAAUAAGACUCACAUUCCUUAUCGUGACUCAAAGCUAACGAGAAUCCUGCAAGAAUCCUUGGGUGGCAAUGCCAGAACUACAAUUAUCAUCUGUUGCUCUCCUGCUAGCUUUAAUGAAUCCGAAACAAAAUCAACUUUAGAUUUCGGUAAACGCGCCAAGACUAUCAAGAAUGUCGUGUGCGUGAACGAGGAGCUAACAGCCGAAGAAUGGAAACGUCGCUACGAACGCGAGAAAGAGAAAGUGGCAAGAUGGAAGGGCAAAGUGGACAAAUUGGAGGCGGAAUUGUCGCGUUGGCGGCAGGGUGAGACUGUCAAACCGGAAGAGCAGGUCAGCUUGAUUGAAGGACCUGAUGUUACUACACCGAUUACCGCAUCCAUUGAAGGCAAGCUGGACGACAGUCCGAUGCCUGCUACUCCCGGCGGUGGUCUCAUGAUCGGUUCCCUUUCGAACGAAGAAAGGCAGAAGCUCGAGGAGGAACGCGAGAGGCUGUACCAACAGUUGGAUGACAAGGAUGAGGAAAUUAAUCAGCAAUCGCAGUACGUUGAAAAGCUGAAGGAGCAGAUGGAGGAACAGGAGGAACUUAUCGCCAGUGCAAGGCGAGAUUAUGAGCAAUUGCAGCAAGAGAUGAAUCGAAUACAACAAGAGAACGAGAGUGCUAAAGAGGAGGUGAAAGAGGUGUUGCAAGCGCUGGAAGAGCUUGCGGUCAAUUAUGACCAAAAAUCACAAGAGGUCGAGCUAAAGAAUAAGGAACAGGAAUCAAUGACAGAGGAGCUCCUGGCUAAACAAGUAACUCUAAACAACACUGCAUCUGAGUUGCAACAGUUACGUGAUAUGUCAGCUCAUCAAAGAAAACGCAUCGCGGAGAUGUUAGCAAACUUCUUGAAAGACCUAGGAGAAAUUGGCGUAGCUAUCGGUGGCGAGUCUAACGAAAAUCUAAAAAUCGCUCCGCCGGAGAGCAAUGGUAAACUGGAGGAGGAGUUCACAGUGGCGCGGUUAUUUAUCAGCAAGAUGAAAUCCGAAGUGAAGAAUUUAGUGCAACGAUGUCAGGGAUUGGAAAGCUUCCAAGUAGACUGCAAUAAGAAAGUUUCCGAGUACGAGAAAGACUUGGCCGAAUGCCGAUUGUUGAUCUCGCAACACGAAGCUCGUAUGCAAACGCUGACGGAAUCUAUGAAAGAGGCUGAAACGCGCAAACGAGCCUUAGAAGAAGAUGUAGAUGCGUUACGCGAAGAAUGCGCCAAGUUGAAGGCCGCCGAACAGGUGCAGGCAGUUACCAACAAGGAGAAAGCCGAGGAGAAAGAGGCGGCGACGAAGAUGCGGGUGGCUUUAGAGGAGCAGAUGGAUCAGCUGAGGGAUGCGCAUCAAAAACAGGUUGCUGCGCUGAGGGACGAACUGUCUGAGAAGCAGGAACUGAUCAGCGAACUUAAAGACCUUAAUCAGAAAUUUACUCUGGCACAUCAGCAGAUGCAGGCCGAUUAUGAACGAUUGAAGCAAGAGGAGGCUAACAAAUCAGUCAAGCUGCAGGAGCUUAUGUUGUUGAACGAGCGCCGAGAACAAGCAAGGAAAGAUCUCAAAGGAUUGGAGGACACAGUAGCCAAAGAACUGCAGACUUUGCACAAUUUACGCAAAUUGUUCGUUCAGGAUCUGCAGGCUAGAAUAAAGAAGACCAUCAAUGCAGAGGAUAAUGAGGAUGACGGUGGUUCUCUUGCACAGAAACAGAAAAUAUCCUUCUUGGAAAACAAUCUGGACCAGUUGACAAAGGUGCAUAAACAACUCGUCAGAGAUAACGCAGAUCUCCGCUGCGAGUUGCCUAAACUGGAGAAACGAUUACGGGCGACAAUGGAGCGCGUCAAGGCCCUAGAGACGGCGCUUCGCGACGCUAAGGAAGGUGCGAUGCGAGACCGUAAGCGCUACCAAUACGAGGUGGACCGAAUCAAGGAGGCAGUCAGGCAAAAGAAUCUGGCGCGUCGUGGACCGAGCGCGCAGAUAGCGAAGCCGAUUCGGGCCGGUCAGCAUCACUUGAGUAACGUCAACAUCAUCAGAACCGGCAAUCGUGAAAACGAAUGCAAGAACGCUUUCAUCGACAAAAACAAAAGAAUUCCAGCGGUUCUUAUGUAUAACGGAUAUGCAUAAAUGUUAUAAUUAUUAAUAUUGAAGUAAGGGCAUAGUACUAUAUUAUCCGCAAGGAGAGAGCACCGCCAGUUCUUUUAAUUGUUUCUUUCCUCUUUUUCUCAGAGCAAGCAUGUGCUUAGGUAUAUAUAAGAUAAGUUGCAUUAAAUUAUAUACAAUAUAUAUGACAUGUACAUACAUUUAUAUAAAUAUGUAUAUGGCAUAUAUAUAUGUGUGUCACAAGCGCUGCAUGUCCUGUCGAUGUAAAUAGUUAAUUUUUAUAAAUUAUUUAAUUUAAUGUCACAUACAUAUAUAUGCAUGAUAAUGAUUCGAUAAUGAAUAGAUAUUAAAAUGAAUGUCCGAACGAAUUACACGGAGAAGCCUCUCGCCAUUCUCUCAGAAUAAUUUGUACUUUAGUGUUUCUAUUCAAGUCGCAUUCAAUCUGAAAAUUCAACAAAAAGAACAUAAAAAAACUUGCCGCAAUCUUACGAGCUCGUAGCGAGGAUCGUGCGAUCGCGUUGACCAGGACGAUCCUCGAAGAUCUUGGGAAAGAGGCAACGAAUAUUUAAAAAGGGUUUAGUUCAGAUACCAAUUUACUAAUCGAGAAGACGAUUGGACAUGCGGCUUCGAGCGAGUGUGAAGAUGAUCGCGGCUUAUACAAGUAUUCGUAUUUGUAAGAAAUUUCUCUGUUAGCUGAUAAGAAUAUUUCUGUUCGCGAUAAGAGUGUACGGAUUCAUAUCUACGGAACUCGUCGCUAGAACUCGUAAUAAGAUCUCGGUUACAAGCUGUAUUGUAUGUAUGUUCAUCUAUACCAAUGCAGAUUAAUUUUAAUCUUGAUUUAAUUUGUUCUUUGUCUCUUUUUUUAACGUCUA